AUGCUGGCGAUACAUGACACUGUUCAACAAUGUGUUGUCGGUGACCAAGCGACUUGCAGGGCAAUUCGUGCAGCUCGGCGUAGAAGGGUAGCAGAUAUUCCUUCAGCACGCCUCCUAUGGGCGAAAGAGAAUCUUGGUGAUUUCCACUUCGCAUGGGAGUGCCUAAAAGUCAUCUUCCUCAUAUUUUGGGAGUCACAUGAUUUUCCUGGCUCAUUGGCUCAUCUCAGCAAACUGAUCAACCGAAGUGGAGUCACCGCUGCUGCAAAAAAAUUUCAACAAUCCGAUGAGUUCCUCAAACAUGCAUUAGAAGCACAUCUGACUGCAUCCCUCAUCACCUUUCUCAACAUAUCUGCUACCUCAGAUUUCAUUGUACAAGAUGCAACCAUUAUAACGAACCCAUGGCUAAACGAAACAGCAGAGAGAUUCGCCAAUGACGUGCUAGUUAUAGGAACAGAUGAAGAUGACCAUGAUGCAGACAACCUGUAUAAUUUCCAUGGUUUUUUUCUGCGCAUGGCCCUCCUUUAUGAAGAUUUGAGGGAAGCCAUCAAGUACGAAGAUGGCCCAAGAGUUAUCCAACAUUGGCGAAUGUGGUUACUGUACUUCCUCGCAACAAAGAGAAGCAACUACAGCAAUGAAGCAGCAAAUCUCUUAGCCAAUCUGAAGGCUGACUUUUCCAAGAGGCUUGCUUACAUAGUAACUCACAACAGAGCUGUUAAUUCUCUGGGCAUACCUGGUCAUGGGAAAGCAACAGACAUGGCAGUAGAACACCACAAUCUUGUCAUCAAAACAGCUUUACGAUCUUCUGGUGGCAGUAUCACCUCCAUCAUUUAAGAGUAAUAAGCUUAGCAUCUCAGCUAUUACAUGAUGC